UUUUUUAUUAGCAUUAUUUAUAAAAAAAAAAACUUAAAUAUUAUUCAAGUUGCGAGCUCAGUCUCUCUCUGUUCCUCUCUCACUUAGCUCGGUUUUCUCAGAGAGAGAGAGAGAGAGAGAGAGAGGGGUAUUUUUGAAGGGGGAAAAAGUGGUUUUCCGGGAGCGGUUUCUGAGACAUCAUGGGGAGGAAGAAGAGAACCGGACUUCCAAGUCGGGGUGAGAGCUCACAGUCUCAGCAGGAAAGUAGUGGUGGUGAUGGUGGUAGUGGUCGGGGUUACCAACCACGCCCUGCUGAGCGGAGUGCUCCACCCCAGCAGCAACAUGGAGGAGGAAACCAAGGAGGUAGAGGUUGGGGCCCCCAAGGAGGUCGUGGAGGUUAUAGUGGGGGGCGCAGCGGUCGGGGAAUGCCGCCGCCGCAGCAGUAUGGUGGGCAACCUGAAUAUCACGGCCAGGGAAGGGGAGGUCCACCCCAGCAAGGUGGUCGUGGAUGGUUUGGCGGUGGUGGCCGUGGCGGCAUGAGUAGGGGCCUUGGCGUAGGACCUUCCCCACCGAGACCAUCAGAUCCCGAGCUUCCCGAACUGCACCAAGCAAUCCAGGUUCCACAUCAACCAGGGGUCCUUCCGCCUGGGCGCAUGUCAUCUGAGGCGAGUUCAUCUACCCGACCAAUCGAGUCAUCUCAAGUGGCCCGGCAGUUUGAAAAACUCGCCAUCGAAGGAGUUUCCAGCCAGGCAAUUCAACCUGUGCCACCAUCUAGCAAAUCAAUGAGGUUCCCUCUUCGGCCGGGCAAGGGUAGCACUGGAACAAAGUGUAUAGUUAAGGCUAAUCACUUCUUUGCUGAAUUACCAGACAAAGAUUUGCACCAGUAUGAUGUUACUAUUACUCCUGAGGUGACAUCUCGUGUAGUCAACAGAGCUGUAAUGGGACAGCUCGUGAAAUUAUACAGAGAAACACAUCUUGGAAAGAGGCUCCCUGCCUAUGAUGGGCGAAAGAGUCUGUAUACUGCUGGGCCGCUCCCUUUUCAAUCAAAGGAGUUUAAGAUUGUACUUAUAGAUGAAGAUGAUGGAUCUGGUGGCCAAAGGAGAGAUAGAGAAUUCAAAGUUGUGAUAAAAUUUGCUGCACGUGCAGACCUGCACCAUUUAGGACUCUUUUUGCAGGGUAGGCAAGCCGAUGCACCGCAGGAAGCACUUCAGGUUCUUGAUAUUGUCCUGCGUGAAUUACCUACUUCUAGACCUAGGUACUGUCCUGUGGCUCGUUCCUUCUAUUCCCCUGAUCUGGGAAGAAGGGAGUCUUUGGGUGAGGGGUUGGAGAGUUGGCGUGGUUUCUAUCAAAGCAUUCGUCCAACUCAGAUGGGACUGUCUCUGAAUAUUGACAUGUCUUCGACUGCUUUCAUUGAGCCAUUGCCGGUAAUCGAUUUUGUAACACAGCUGCUGAAUCGGGACGUUACUUCUAGGCCAUUAUCUGAUUCCGAUCGUGUAAAGAUAAAAAAGGCCUUACGAGGAGUUAAAGUUGAGGUUACACAUCGCGGAAACAUGCGAAGGAAGUACCGGAUAUCUGGUUUAACAUCACAGGCAACACGGGAGCUGACGUUUCCUGUUGAUGAAAGAGGAACGGUGAAAUCUGUGGUCGAGUACUUUUAUGAAACAUAUGGCUUUGUGAUUCAACAGUCACAAUGGCCUUGUCUGCAAGUUGGGAACCAACAGAGACCAAAUUAUUUGCCAAUGGAGGUUUGCAAGAUAGUUGAGGGUCAGAGGUAUACCAAAAGGCUGAAUGACAAACAGAUUACUGCUUUACUGAGGGUGACCUGCCAGCGACCUCAGCAAAGGGAGAAUGAUAUAAUGAAGACAGUUCGUCACAAUGCGUAUGAUGAUGAUCCUUAUGCAAAGGAGUUUGGCAUUAAAAUCAGUGAGAGGCUGGCUACAGUUGAAGCUCGUACUCUUCCUGCACCAUGGUUGAAAUAUCAUGAUACAGGCAGAGAAAAACAUUGCCUGCCACAAGUUGGGCAAUGGAAUAUGAUGAAUAAGAAAAUGGUCAAUGGGGGAGUAGUCAACAAUUGGAUUUGCAUAAAUUUUUCACGGGGCGUGCAAGACAGUGUAGCCCAUGGGUUUUGCCAUGAACUUGCUCAAAUGUGUUGCAUUUCCGGCAUGGCAUUUAAACUUGAACCAGUGCUUCCACCAGUGACUGGGCGUCCUGACCACGUCGAUAGAGUCCUGAAAACUCGGUUCCAUGAUGCCAUGACUAAGCUCCAGCCUCAGAGAAAAGAGCUUGACCUUGUUAUUGUUAUUUUGCCAGAUAACAAUGGAAAUCUUUAUGGUGAUUUGAAACGGAUCUGUGAGACAGAUCUUGGACUCGUUUCCCAAUGCUGUUUGACAAAGCACGUAUUUAAAACAAAUAAGCAACAAUAUCUGGCAAAUGUGGCAUUGAAGAUAAAUGUCAAGGUGGGAGGGAGGAAUACUGUGCUUGUUGAUGCACUCUCGAGGCGUAUACCUUUAGUCAGUGACCAGCCUACCAUAAUUUUUGGUGCUGAUGUUACCCAUCCUCAUCCAGGAGAGGAUUCAAGCCCAUCAAUUGCUGCCGUUGUGGCAUCUCAAGAUUGGCCAGAAAUCACAAAGUAUGCUGGUUUGGUUUGUGCUCAAGCCCAUCGACAAGAACUGAUCCAAGAUCUCUUCAAGACAUGGCAGGAUCCUGUAAGAGGGACAGUGUCUGGUGGCAUGAUUAAGGAACUACUCAUAUCUUUCCAUUCAGCAACUGGGCAGAAACCAAAACGUAUCAUAUUUUACAGGGAUGGUGUGAGUGAAGGGCAGUUCUAUCAAGUCUUGCUGUAUGAACUUGAUGCUAUCCGAAAGGCUUGUGCCUCUUUGGAGCCGAACUAUCAACCUCCUGUGACUUUUGUCGUUGUUCAGAAGCGCCAUCACACAAGGUUGUUUGCCAACAACCAUCGGGACCAAAAUACAGUUGAUAGGAGUGGAAACAUAUUGCCUGGCACUGUUGUAGAUUCCAAAAUUUGUCACCCAACUGAAUUUGACUUCUACCUUUGUUCUCAUGCUGGAAUUCAGGGCACAAGUCGUCCAGCUCAUUACCAUGUACUCUGGGAUGAGAACAAGUUUACAGCCGAUGGGCUGCAGUCCCUUACAAAUAAUCUUUGCUACACGUAUGCAAGGUGCACUCGCUCUGUCUCCAUUGUGCCCCCUGCAUACUAUGCCCAUCUAGCUGCUUUCCGGGCACGGUUCUAUAUGGAUGCAGAGUCCUCAGAAAGUGGCUCCAUGACAAGUGGUGCUGCUGGAGGACGUGGGGGCAUGGGCGGAGCAGGUCCACGAAGCACUCGUCUACCAGGAGCAAAUGCUGCUGUUCGACCCUUACCUGCACUCAAGGAGAAUGUCAAGAGGGUCAUGUUCUACUGUUAGGCUUGCUGGUCCCUGGUGGAGACAAAAUAAUAUGGGUUAUUGUUAUACUUACUUUUUGAAACUGUUCUGUUAGCUUCCUGUAAGCUAUAUAUCUGUGAAACUGCCUGA